AUGAGCAGGCUCCGAAACUCAGAAGGUUCCGAGACAGAGGAAAACUCCGAGACUGCUGAGUCCGAAAAGUCGCCGGAAACCGCGAGUAAUCACAGACGACAGAUAAGCGAGGCAGAGCUAAACAAGAUGGAGAUUCAUUUCAAAAGGAGGAAACUACUGGUUUGCAGCUGGAGUAGAAUGUACCUGAAAUUGACAAAGAAACUCACAGGCUCGCAAUUGUUAAUUUGGAUUGGAAUCAAGUUCAGGUACUAUUUUGCAGUGGUGGUACGCGAUUCAGUUGCUGCAGCUGAUUACAUUUAUAGAACCUGUGAUGGAAUCGAGUUGAAAGGUCAUCAAAUAUGCUGGAUUUGA